AUGUCAUCAUAUACAUUUUCAUGGCCAAAGGGUCCUCAAGAAGUUAUUCUUACUGGUACUUUUGAUAAUUGGUCUAAAUCAUUUCCUUUAGUUAAGGAAACUGAUGGAUCUUUCUCAUUAACUGUUCCACUUCCAAAAUCUUCAGAACCAAUUCUCUACAAAUAUGUAGUUGAUGGUGAAUGGUUAGUUUCAUCUACCCAAAGAAUUUCAAAAGAUGAAAGUGGUAAUGAAAAUAAUGUCUUAGAAGAAUCGGAUUUAGUUGAAGCUAAAAGUUCGGGAUCUGCUAUUCCAGAAGCUGGUGGUUUAGUUGCUGCCACUGGUGUAGGCGCUGCUGCAGUUGCAGCUGCUGCAACUCCAAAAGACGAUGUUAAAACUACUGUUUUACCAUCAACUGAAGGUAUUCAAACAACUUUAGGUGAACCAGGAAUUCAUGUCCCAAAAGACCCAGAAGCAUUAGCUGCUUUUGAACAAGUUAGAGAUGUUGAUCCAAAAACUUUAAAUGAACCAGAAUUGACUGCUGAAGAAAAGAAAAAACAAAAGAAGAAAGUUAAGAGAAGUCAAUAUAAGGCCAAGAAGAAGAAGAAGGCCACUGCCACUGAUGGUACAACUGUUGAAGGAUCUACUGAAGGUGAAACUACCGAAGAACAAACUCCAGAACCAACUACCAAAGAAGAAGAAGAAGUUGCCGCAGGUACCGCAGGUGUUGCUGCUGUAGGUGCAGGUGCUGCUGCUGUAGCUGUUGCUUCUGAAAAGGAAACUGCUCCAGAAGCCGUUCCAGAAACUAAAGAAGUUGUUUCAGAACCUGUUGUUCCAGAAGACGCCCCAGAACCUGUUCCAGAAACUAAGGAAGUUGCCCCAGAAGUCGUACCAGAAGUCAUUCCAGAAGCUGUUCCAGAAACUAAAGAAGUCGUCCCAGAACCAGUUGUCCCAGAAGUAAAAGAAGCUACUGAAGAGGCUCCAAAGACUUUAGAUCCUAAAUCAGAUGCUCCAGUUGAAACACCAGCUGUUUCUAACGGUGAAGCUGCUGUCGAAAAGGAAGUCGAUGCUUCUCCAUUAGUCAAGUCUCCAAAGAAGGCCAAGAAUUAUGAAUCAGAUGAAGAAAUAGUUAUUGCCCAAGGUACUGUCGAUAAGGAUGCCAUUACUGCAGCAGUUGUUGCCCAAGAAGGUGACGUUACUCUUGAAGAAAUGAAUCUUACAGAAGCAGAAAAAGCCAAAUUAACUGAAGAAGCUAAUAUACCAACAAAAACUGCUACACCAGCUCCUGCAAAGACUGCUCCAGCCAAGGCCAAGGCUUCUACUACUUCUUCAUCUGCUAAGGAAGAUAAGAAGAAGAAAGAAAAGAAACCAAACUUCAUUGUUAGAUUCUUUAGAAAGUUGUAA